GGGGCGGGAGCUCUUGCCACUGUCUCAUCUCACUGCCAUCAUCACCCUGUCAAGAAACUUUAAAAAGCACUCAGUUUGAGCUUUUUAUAAAAGCUCGGAUAAGGUGCACGCUGACUGGGUGAUUUGAGAUGAAGCGCGUCCUCGCAGGUUACGCAGCGCUUAUAUUUAUUCUCAUUACUGUUCCUUUGACUAAUGGCACUCCGUCGAGGUAUAGUCUGUUCCAGGGCAGUCCUUAUUCCAGCUCUGCUUCGAGACAACGAAACAAAAACUGGUGUGCUUUUGUGGUGCAUAAGAACGUGACAUGCGCUGUGCUGGCAGCGAACGAAAACGUCAUGGAGCCGCAGCUCCUGCCCUGUCCGCCGCAUCAGCCUGACUGCACACAGCGGCUGAUGUAUCAAACUCACAUGAGGCCCAUGUACAAAAUAGGCUACAAACAAGUGACUGAACUCGAAUGGAGGUGCUGUCCAGGAUAUCAAGGCCAUGACUGUACUGAGCUGAAAAAUACCCCUCAGAAAGCCAAUGUUGUUGAGGAACCACGUCGAGAUGUUCCUUCAACCAACAGCCAACAACAGAGCAUCUUGGGACCAGAAGUGUUCUAGACACAUCCAUGGUCUCAACCCGGGCAUAAAGGACAUCAUAGCCGUCAACUGGGAGAUUAUGGAGAUCGUCAACAUGAGAGUCAACGAGUUCAGGCAUUAGAAGAAGAAGUGGAGCGUCUUUCUCAGACAGUACUCCACCUGCAAGCCAUGACUUCUGCCAAUGCGAACCUACGGCUAGAUUUACAGGAAGAUGUUACCAAAUUCGUUCUGAACAUGUUGGGGAAUUUGCAACAGCCACAGGAUGUCAAAGCGGGUGGAAUCGAGAGCAUAACGCUCCCAUAUGACCUCCGUUCACCACCAGACACUGAUGAACUCCAGAAUCACAUUACCCAGCUCUCCAACACCAUCAGUACCAACACUAAUAGCAUCCAAGAUCUGCAGAUCCGGAUCCAAAACAUUGAUGGACAGAUGCAUCAACUAACAGAAGCAAGCAACUCUGGACCGCUUCAGCCUUCCUCAACAGCUGCAACCAAUGAGUGUCCAUGUCAGGCAUACAUCGAUGAGAAGCUUACAGCCCUUCGUGAGGAGCUUCUUCAAGGAAUGGACAUCAAAAUGGCAGACAUGAAGAAUGCAUGCGACUACAAAGUGCUGUCUGUGCAAGAACAAUGUGAGGAACAAGAAAACUCUUACUUGAGCUUGGCCGAGCUCCUUGACUCCAAAGAGACUGAUCUCCGCAAAGAGAUCCAAGACUUGCGUCUCCAGCUUCCCAUUGGUAAAACCCAAGAGUUGGACAAUGCUGAGGUCCAGAAGCUCAAGGACACCCAACAGAUACUCCAAGACACCAUUAGGGAGCACAAUGCCACCAUUGCACAGAUAAGUGCACAAGGGCAUGUUCUGGAGGCAAGGGUUAGUCUUGCGGAAAGAAGUGCAGAGGUGCAUUGCCUCUAUCUUGAGGAGAAACUGAGAAGGGAAAGACUUAAGGAAGAGGAAGACCAAAGAAUAGCUUUUGAAGAGAAGAUCAGUGGUGUUCAAUGUGACAACAGCACUUCUCAGCUACUCUUAGGUCUUGAUCAGCGCCUGGAAGUCUUGGAGAAACAUGCACAGGUCCUGAAGGACGAGGUUGGCUCUCUUAAAGGAGAUCUCAAUCAGACCAUGAGUUUUGAAACCCUCCUGCAACGGGUGGAAAAUAUAGAGGUGGAUUCUGGACGAAACCAAGAGCAAGUGAGGACAAUGAAUGGCUUGCUUGAUGAACGCAUGGCUAGCAUUGAAGGUGUUUGUGGUCGGUUUGAGCCAAUGUCCGACAGUCUGAAACGGAUUAAAGAUGGACUGAACAAACACGUCAAUGGCUUGUGGACUUGCGUCCGUCAGCUGAACAGUACAGUACUUGCACAUACAAGAGACAUUAACACGUUUAAAGCAAAUUCACACCUCUCAAAAGAUGGACAGGAUGGGAUCACUGAUGCACCUACAGGUGUUCCUGAAGGUACAGUGGCUGUAAAAGUUUCCUUGGAGGGAGUUCAACCACUCCCUUCACUGGCGUCUGGGGAAGCAGCGCUUCGAGUAACCAAAGUCUCCUCUCACACCCCUCAGGGCAUCAAUGGGAGCAUGCCGUCCAUUACAGGCUAUGCAGGAGCACCAGGUUAUCCAGGGAUUCCAGUUGCCGCUCUCAGUCCUGACUCUGUUUCUGCACAGAUUCCACUGAGGACAGUACAAAUGGCCACAGGAGAAGGGCGAAUGAUGACCUAUGUGUCGUUUUCGGCUGGUCUGACACUUGUGCCAUUCCCUGGAGAAAUCGGCAUCAUCCAAUUCAACAAUGUUCUGUUAAAUGAUGGAAGACACUACGAUCCACAAACAGGUGUGUUCACUGUUCCCCUGGACGGACGGUACCUGCUGAGUGCUGUAUUGACCGCUCAAGUGGGAGAAAGAGUCGAGGCCUUUCUCUCAGUAGCCAAUCGCAACAUCCAGAAGCUUUCCACUGCUGCAACGGGUGGCAGAGACACUCAGGACUGCGUCUGUGGAGGGACUGUCUCUGUAAGUCUCGCUCUUCAUCUGAAGCAGGGCCAGAGGACAGGACUGGUGCUCACAUCAGGAAAACUGGCCAUCUCAACAUCCAGUGAAAUCCUGUCCUCGUUCAGCGGAGUUCUGCUUUACCCAACAGUAGGCAAGCGAUAGCCCACAGCCAAUGGCAAACAUUAAAGAGACAGUUCUGCCAUCAUUUACUCAGCCUCAAGUUGUUCCAAACCCACAUGAGUUUCUUUCUUCUAUUGAAUACAAACCAAACAGAUGACGGUAGCCAUUGACUUCAAUAGUAUGGAAAAAAAUACUAUGGAAGUCAAUGGCUAUCGUCAACAGUUUGGUUUCCAACAUCCUUCAAAAUAUCUUGUUUUGUGUUCAGCAGAAGAAAGAGACUCAUACAGGUUUGGAACAAUUUGAGUGUGAGUAAAUGACAUAACUUUCAUUUUUGGAGAACUACAAGGUUAUACUCUGAAAAUAGCUUUCACUGGAAUCGUACCCUCAAUUUUGUACCUUAUUUACUUGUAAAGGUACAUAUUAUUACCUAAAGAGCACAUAUUAGUACCUAAACCAUACAUAUAAGUAUUUUCUAAAAGUGUACUAUUUCACUGACAGAUUUUGUACCUUUUAAAUUCUUCUGAUAAUGAGAUGCUUAAAAAACACUUUACUUGAAGUCUUUAUGAAUAAUGCAUUAUAAAGCAUUAUGUUUUCAUAAAUAAUUGUAUACAAAAUUAAAAUGCAUUGUAUUUUGCAUAAAUAUUAUGCACAAAUUGCUAAAUAUUGGCACAUUCCUUAUACGUGAAAUUGGUUGAUCAUUAUGCUUUAAUGCAUAAUACUUCAUUUUUACACCAUUAGAAAGUAUAAACUAUAACUUUGGUUGCAAUCACCCAUGAGAUCAUGUAAUGCAUUUUAAAGUGACAUAAUGCAUUAAUAAUGCUAUAUAUAUAUAUAUAUAUAUAUAUAUAUAUAAUGCAUUAUAUAUACAGGCUUCAAGUAAAGCGCUGACAAUUGAGACAUAAAUCAAAGCAGAGAAACAGAAUGAGAAUCCGUUUAAAAACAGAAAAUGACUACAGCAUUUAGAAAGUUUGUAUUAAUUGUUCAUUGGAAGAACAAACUUGAUUUAGCAAGUUCAUCUGGUAGGGUGCCAGUAAAACUGAUCUUUUUUUAUCGCAAAGGUCACCAAUUAACGAACAAGGCUGCUUCCACCUGGACCGUGAGUCAUUUCUCAGAAGUUAAUUCUGAACAGAGCAGUCAGAACAGCCUCAUUUAUAUGUGGUUAAUAUAAUGAUGAAGCUAUGAGUUUUACAAAAUGAUUCACAGUCUGGGUGGAACCAAUAUUGGAUCCAAAUGUGGACCGCAGUGCAUUUAUUGGCAAAAAAAAAGCCUGAAAAACUAAAUCUUUUUUCACAUUUCAGGAAGACUGCACAGAUGCACAAAGAUUUCAGUAAAGUGUAGCAACCUUGACCCUACAACAGAUGUAGGUCAAUUCACUGUUCAGAAUAUUCCACACAUCACUAAAACCUUCAACACUAACACUUAUCACCAGUUUUCAAUAACCUCACCAGGCUUAAAAUAGAAAUCCUCUCACCCAAUGACUGAAUGAAAACUUCAUGACUCUUUGCCCAAACUCAGACGUUAUUACACACCAUUUCCACCCAGUUUUUGGCAGAUAAAUCAUUUAUUCCCAAGAAGUAGUUUUAUCUACAUGUAUUUUUUAAAAUGCAUAAAUACUAUGGAAGGUUGGUUUUAUUUUCUGUAAAGAACAUAUUGGAUAUUUUGUCUAUAGAACAAUCAUUUGUGCAAAAAAUCAUAUCAAAAAUCACUGCUCCUAGAUGUUAUUUUUAUUUAGAUCAACUGUAACUGCCUGGAUCUUUGUAUUUUAUCUAACAAUUUAUAGAAAGAAGUUUUAUCAUUUUAAAUGUCAUGUCAUUAUUGUUACCAUCUUCAUAUCUUUCGUGCAGAAAGAUACAGUACAAAUCAGAAUCAAACUGCUAUAAAGGAGUGUAUCAGAAUGUCACAACCGAUGAUGAAUCUCAUCUGCAAAUAAAUGUCCUGUUAUUUCAUAGUCUUGUUUUUGUGUUUAUGACCAUUUGAUGAGUGACUCGAGUUUUUCAGUAGCUUGACUUUCUGUAUCUCUUAUAAUAUUAACCAGGGUUGCAAAUGAGAUUGUUCAGCUGAAGUAUUCUGAACAAGUUGUUUUCAUGACCAAGAGCAUAUGCAUACUGCUGUUCUUAGAGAAAAUCUGAGAGCAUUAUAUGGUGAAAAACGUGGAGUAACAAUAACUGAGGUUUGUCAUUUAAUAAUAUACUUUUUGCUCAGUUGUUUGGUUCUACAUUUUAUUUAAUCAAACAUAUAAACAUGCAUACAUAUUCAAAACAUUUUCCUGUAUUAAAUUGGUAUUCUAGUACUCAGUGAAAUGUUAUGGUAGCAAUACUUGUAUUAGAUUAAUAGAUUUAACAUAUGGAUAUAUUUUAGAUUAAUAGAUUGUGCUUGUAUUGUUUUUGUGAGCUACUUUAGAUAGAACAUCUGCUAAGUGAAUGAGUGUCAGUAAAACUAUACAGCGAGCUAAAACUAAAAAAUAUUUCCAAGAUUUCCAGCAAAAGGGCUGUAUGGGUGGAUGGUGAAAAGUGGGUGUAAUCAAUUACAUUUAGAAAGGUUUUCUUUGGAGUAACAUGCAAUGACUAAUUGUACACAAUUAAACCAGAAACAUGUCUUAAAAGUAAAAAAGGCAUUGUGACAUGGUGCUGUUUAAAAAUGAGAUGGGAGGAUAAAAUGGAUUCAUUCUCUCGCUAAGUAGGCGUUUUCAACAUAACAUUUCAGCGUGUUGCCUUCAUAUUCUGUGUUCAUCCACUUGCCUGUACAUAGUUUCUAUUUUUAAUAAACUAUAUACCAAAUUUGGGCUUUUUAUAUCACUGUCUUCAUCCAGCCAUGUUAAGAGUCAUCUAUGGUGGAUAAAACGUUUUGCGAGCAAACGCAAAGUUUCUAAAGGGAACGCAAAUGUUUCGCAAGAGAACGCAAAAGCUUUGAAAAAUAUUUUUCCAACAUACUCCCCGAGUAACUUUGCGUUUAGGGCCAAGGAAUAAUAAAAUAAAUGAAACCAUCUUGAAACUUCAAGAAACUCAUUAAAUUAUGAGAAAAGUUUCCAGAAAAACUGGCUAUUACUUUAGGAUCGUUGAUGGUUGUGUAUGCCUCCUUCCACAGAACGAAACGACUGUUACCAUACAGCCAUUAAUGGAAAUGCCGUAAGGUUUUAUUGAAAAUAUUGAUAUAUUCUAUUUACACUAAGUGACAACAGCAGCAUUUUUUUAGCGAUGUUACACCAAGUGAAAAUAGUGAUUCUAUUUACGCUAUGUAAAAGCAGCAGAUCUUUGCAUUAAGUGUAAAUAGUAAUGCUACUUAUACUUAUAAAUAGUGACAGAUACUAUUUGCACCUCAGUAUUGUUGUACAUUAACAGUUUAUUCUCAACAUUUUAUUUAAACUUUUUUACUCGAAAUGUAACGUUUUUUUUUUUUUAUCGAAACACAAUGACUUUA